AUGGAAUCCGAAAGUGAGCAGCUAUUGAUAUAUGAAAUGAAUAAAUUGUGUUCCUCUCAAAGUAAAUCAAAUAAGAAAGUAGUUAAGAAUAUGCAUAAUUUGUCAAAGCAUAGUAAAAAAGAAAACAAAGAGGCAAUUGAGUCGAUGGAAAAUUAUGGUACAAACUUGAAUAACGAAAAACAUGAAGAAAUAUCAGAAUCUUCAAAAAAUUUGAACAUAAGAAUGGACACACCAAUUGAUUUAGAAAUAGAAGAUAUUAAUGCAGUUGCAAAUGAUAAUGAUUCAAUUCAAAAUAAUGAAAGUAAAACUAGUGACACAAAUUCGUCGUUGGUUGAUGAUAGUCAGAAAAUUACAGCAGAUAAUAUCGAAAAAGGAAGUAAAAGUAAAAUUUCUGACAAAAAUUCGUCGUUAGUUGAUGAUAGUCAAGAAAUAAUAGUAGAUAAAAUCAAAAAAGAAAAAUUAUGGAUGAUGAAAGUGACAGCGAAAGAGUUUCAAGAAAAUAAGAUGAUGGGUGCAUUCCAAUGCACUAGAAUGCAACCUCCACAAAUUGAACCUGUUCACUUGCAACAUCAACCUGUUCACUUGCAACAGCAACCCCGACCAGUGCACCAUCAACCUGUUCACUUGCAACAGCAACCCCGACCAGUGCACCAACAACCUGUUCACUUGCGACAGCAACCCCGACAAGUGCACCAACAACAGCAACCAGUUCACUUGCAACAGCAACCCCGACAAGUGCACCAACAACAGCAACCAGUUCACUUGCAACAGCAACCCCGACAAGUGCACCAGCUACAGCAAUUGCAUCAUCGACAGCCAUUGCAAACUAAACAAGUCGACCAGGAAGAAAAAACGGACUCCAGUCGACAAAAAAACUCUAGAUGGGGUCCAAUAGAACCUUAUGUUCCACCGUCCACAUCAUCAUCAUCAACAACAACAACAAAUAAUGAAGAAGAAAUUUACAUUCCAAAACCUAUAAAAAAAGAAAUAAAAAUUGAAGAUCAGCCCAGCUUACAAAAAUCGUCUUCAUCAUCAUCAUUAUCAUCUUCUUCCUCAAGUUCAUCGUCAUCAUCCUCCUCUAAAAGUUCAGCAACAGUGACAGAAUUACCAAUUUUAAAAUCAUUGCCUUCUGUUGAAGAUUUGUUCUCUGCAGAAAAAAUUUCAACGUCGAUUAAACCUACGGAAAAAGUUCCAGGGUCUGUUAAACCCACGGAAAAAAUUUCAACGUCGAUUAAACCUACGGAAAAAGUUCCAGGGUCUGUUAAACCCACGGAAAAAAUUUCAACGUCGAUUAAACCUACGGAAAAAGUUUCAGGGUCUGUUAAACCCAUGGAAAAAAUUUCAACGUCGAUUAAACCUACGGAAAAAGUUCCAGGGUCUGUUAAACCCACGGAAAAAAUUUCAACGUCGAUUAAACCUACGGAAAAAGUUCCAGGGUCUGUUAAACCCAUGGAAGUAAAGCCUGCGAAAAAUUCAGAGUCCAAUGAUGAAAUUCAGAGUCCCUAUGUUAGAAAAGUGACGAAACCUCAAACGGUAACUGGAAAAAGGAAGAGGUCUGAAAAGGAGAAUAAGGAUGAUAAUGAGAAUAAGGAGAACAAGGAUGAUAAGAAGGAAGAAGAAAAUGAAAUUAAUAUUUUUGACGAUAGUAGUCAUGAUGAGGAUGAUGAUGAUGGUGAUGAUGAUGCGUCCAUGAUCAUAAUUUAUGAUGAGUAUGACCAUAACAAUUAUGAGGAUGACGACGACGACGACAACGAUGACGACAACGAUGACGGAUACGACAGUGUGGGGGAGACAAUCAUCAUUAGUGAUGAUGAUGACGACGACCACGACGUUUUAAUUAUAGACAUCGAUCCGGAAGAAAUGUCGGACUACUCCGUAGGGCGUUUUGAAGGUUACCUGCCGACGAAGCCGCUAGCGGAAUUGAUGAAAGAUGGACUGUACUACGUCUCAAAGAUGAAGAAGGUCCAGACCAAAUAUGGACCAAGGAUCAUUGUCGAAAUUGAUGCUGAUUUCGUCACAUACUUACCAACAAGAUUCAUCAAGCUCUUUGAGGAUGAACCCACCACCUUGGACAUGAUGAAAGAAGCUGCGAUAUCGAAGAAACUUCAAAUGAAGUAUCUUGGAGGACCGUAUAAUGUUGUUGAAUAA